AUGAAGAAGACAGCAAGCAUGUCAGAUGCGAGGAGUGAACAGAAGAAAGAUCAAGACAAGCAGCGAGCAAUCUUGACUCGACAUCUUGGGGAGAAGAACCUUGGCCGUCAAGUCUUCGACAGGGUUGAGGAGGAUUUCUUGAAAUUUCGCCUUUGGCAAGACACCAAGGGUUGGAUGAGGGAGAUCGUGCAGAGGUUGAACGCUGACAUGGGCCAAAUGUCGAAGAUGGUUGGGAUGGAUCUGAUCAGACUCCUGCACUGGUACCGCGACGGGUCAAAGGACGAGGAGACGGAGAGCGUGAGGGGAUGGAUCAAAGAAUCCUUGAAGAACCCUUCCAAGCUUCUACAGCACCGCCGGGAAACUCCGCACCUGCAUCCUUCUCAUCGGACCAUCUACUCGCCCUUCGGGAGGAAAGCUGUUGGAAAGCAGGAUGCGCUGAACGGUAAAGUGAAGAAGAUGACAAGAUGUCUGAACGCGCUAAGGCAGUCAGUCAAGACACCGAUAUCAGCCGUGCCGAAGCAGAGAGUGGAUACCGUAGAAGAUCCAGAGAUCUUGGAGGAUACCAGCGAAACACACGAAGAUGACAUCGACUUGCAUAACAACUCAACUCAGGGCAACGUCUACUUGCUGUCUGAGUGGAUCCAGAUGGGGGAAGACGCCAAGAAGCGCAAGAAGAUGGUUGAAGACAUGCACUUCACCCCGGUUCGUCUCAGGGAAGGAGACGGGUUCGAAGGAUGGAUGGCUCGCCCUGUUCUGCCUUGCUUUCAACCUCAUCCCAGCCGCAAAGACCUUCAGGUUGCAACUAGGAGCGUCCUCUUUCAAGACCCGAAGGCUGUAUGCUCGAGCCGUCCGGAGCAGCCGCCGCUUGCGUUCCGAUGCAAAGUGACAGAAAUCUCAAGGGAUCGCAAGUCGGUCAACAUUCAGUUCGUCGUGAAAGGCAGAAUCUUUGAAGGCUCGCUGGCAAGAAAUGAGGAGGAAGAGCAGGAGCAGGAGCAGGAGCAGGAGGAGGAGCAGGAGCAGGAAGAGGAGGAGGGAAGACAGGAACAGGAGCAAGAGCUUCACAGCAUGACGAACGGGAACGAGCAACGAACUGCAAACAAGAGACAUGCACAGGGAAUGAGCUCGUCAGAGGCAGAUGAAGUCGUCGACCUGCCGGUAAAGAUCCCUCGGCACAUGGUGGAGGAACAGGAUGGAGCAGAAGAUAGGGAGGGUGACAGGGAGGAGAGUGAGGAAGAGAGGGAGAACGAGAGGGAGGACGAGAGGGAGGACGAGGAGAGGUUGGGAGGGGAGGAGGAGGAGGAGGAGGAGGAUGCCCAGAGGACUGGAUCCCCGACUUCAAAUGUAGAGAUGCUCGAAUGA